UAGAAUCAACCUUCAUCGCGUAACGCAUUCCAUUGAUUUCUUUUGUAAAGGGGACGACAUAUCAGUUAUUUUGGAUCAUAUAAAAUUUGCUAUAUUCCUGCUCUAUCCUUACAUUGAUCUCCAUUGAAACGCUUCUGGAUGUUCAAAGAAAGAUAGAGUCAUGAAAAGAGGAAAGAAAUGAAUGUCGGUAAAUAUGGCUCUGCUGACAAAUACAGAUCUUGUGAAAAUACUGACCAAGAUCGCUUUGGAAAAAUGAUAUAGGGUGGACUCUAUUGCCUUGUAUUCUAAGAUGGAUGGGUUCAAUCCUCUAGACCUGUUGGCAAGUGCUGCUGAGCUGCAGCAGCAGAAGCAUGAUGAUGGCCCUGAGAGAAUAAUCAUUUCUAGACCGAAGAGGUAUACUGCAGCUAAAACAACGUAUGUCAGCACAAAUGGACAGAAAGAAAAUAGAGAACUGACUACUAAUAACAAUAUUACGAAAAGUAAACCAAGUGUAGUUAUUGUCAAAAAGAUUAGAAAGCCAGACAUUAACUCAGAUUUAGAGAAAAUGUUGGAUGAGCAUAAUUACGGAAAUGCAAAAAGGAAUAGUAGUAAGAUUGAAAAGGUCACUGAAAGCAAUGAACUAACUAGACAAAUGGUAGAUAAAAGUACAGGUUCGGAACAAACAACAACCACUGAUGGACCGAUUUUAAGUAAAGUUCAUAACUUAACUUCAAGUCCUACGUCUAAAAUGUUUGACUCCGAAAUUGUCCAUAUGGUGAACGGGAAUGUUGGCUGCAGUGAUAAGAGUGGCUGUCUAAAUAGAGUUUGUGCUAAUUAUCAGGGAAAUUCAGAACAGAAAUGUUCAGAAUGUGAUAUCCAUGAAAAUACAGAGAUUGUUUUUCAUAACUUUGAACAGAACAGCAUUAGGGCAACUGGUGAAUCAUCUGAUGCGCAGAUUCAGAAAGAUAAUACGAAAGAAGGCAAAUGUGAUACUUUGAAAGCAAAAUCUGAUUUAUUUUCUUUACAUGAUGAUGGUUUAGUGUUGAAUGAACAAACUGGUGAAUUAAUUUUAAAAAAUGGUCCAAGCAUCACUAAACAAUCUUUUACAUCUGAAAAGAGUGAUUUUAAGCAAUAUCCAAUUUCCAGUGUGGCAGAAAAUACUUCAGAAAAUCUUGCCAAACCAGAACUAAAUGAUCAGUCACAAAAUUUGAAAGUUAUUGCAUCUAGUGAAAUUAAUUUGAAGAACGAGCAGGAAGACCUUGCUAGUGAAGUUAUGCCGAGUUCUUCCGCCAUAUCAGAUGUUGAAAAAGGCAAAUCUUUAAGUGUGCGAAAGCAAUUUGAUGGUCCAAAUAUUGACAUGUCAGGAAUAAAAAAGAAACCAGUUGGACUGAAUAUAACUCGAACAUUACCGGAGGUACAAAAUAAUGAAGCUGUAUCCAUAAAUAAAAAGUGUUUAUCAUAUGAUUCUCUGAAAGAUCUUGAGAUAGGAAACAUUUUAUGUACAGAUGACUCAUCAUCAAGUGUUCAUUUAUUGUCACCUGACUGCAGAAAUCCGGACUCUGUUGGAAUUGUAAGUCCUAAAAUUAAUCACAAAAAUGAACUCGGCUUGGGAAAUCAACAUUUCGACUCGGCUGUGGAAAAUAAUAAGACUCCAUUUUCAAAAAGUCCUCUUGAAAUUGAUGCACAGGGCAAGAUCAAUUUGCAGUCAGUGAAUGAAACUAUGAAUAAAACUGAUAACCCUAGUCAAUUAUCUUUAAAUCUUUCCGAAACCAAUUGUCCAAGUGAACCCGAUACACCCAGUAUUGAAACAGUUUCAGAUAGUAGAGAGUUGAACGUAGAAUCAGGGCUGUUGUUUACUGAUAAAGUUGAUACUUGUGAAAAGAGUGCUAACGAUAUAUUAUCACCAUCAACUAGGAAAACCAAUAUCUUUUGUUUUGAUUCAGACCACUGUUAUGCUGGUGUGCAAGGAAAAGUAAACACAACAGGAGACUAUGGGGAAACGGAUUGUUCUGAACAAAAUGAAAGUGAGGAGGUAAAGACUCCGCAAGGAUCUUUGAGCGAGUUGUCUCAGGACAGUGGGUACGAGGAUGUGACUCAAUCCCCUGAAAUGCAUCAGCAGCAGCAAAUAAUUCCAGUGAUAUCGGAAAACGUUGAAAAGUCUCCAGCUCUGAAAAGUCUUGUUCCAGUGCUUGUAAGUUUGAAUAAAAAUGGAAGUUUAACCGUUCAUGAUAAUAACUUGGCAAGAACUCUUGGAGGACCAGUAUUUUUGCAUGAAGAUAUGAAAUUUAUAACAGGGACCAAUUUAGCUAAGGUACCGUUGGCUGCACCUGUAGGAAAGGUUGCAUUUCCAUCAGUGACUGAAGCCCCAAAGCUAAUUAAAUCUACACCUGAAAGUGUAUUAGGAUUAUUAACUCCAAAAAAACAAGAAGUGAAAGAAACAAUUCCUCCAGAAAUGUCCCCACCAAAAUAUGGAAAGUUCAGGAUAGGGACGUUUGCUUCAUUCAGUAACACUGGUGCUUCUUUGGAGUCACCAGCCAAGUUGAUCUCAUCUUCUAUAAAAGUACAGGGGGAAGAUAAAUCGGAAAAUACAUCUAAUACAUCUCUUUUAACAGGGAGAUCAAAUAGUGGAAAAUCUUCCCCUGUAGUAGAUACAUUAGGUAGUCUUGUACAGAAAGUGAAAAGCAGCUUAUCUCCCUCUUCCCAAUUAGAGCAGUUUGUUGUUGAUCACAUUCAGCAUGAUCAUGAUUACUGUACGAAAAACUUAAUGCCAUCUGUAGUGAACAGUUUUCUUGAAGCAAGACUUCUUAGUAAGGACAAUGUUAAAGGAAAAGUAACUCAUGUAAAAGGGAAAAAGUCUGAUCCAGAUUUCAAAUCUGAUAGUAAGUCGGCAAAGCGUAAAAGGAGCUCCGCGAGUGUGACGAAAGAAGAUAUAAACGAAGACUUUGAUGUGGAUAGUGAAAGUGAUUUACUUGGUAUUCCCACUUCAUAUAGACAAAAGUACCGCAGUGAAAAAUAUAUUGAAUCAAAGCGGACAGAUCCGAAAGUUAAAAUUACCGGAAGUAGUAAUUUUCAGGAUCAGUUUGUAUACUUUAUGAAUACUAAGAAACGCAGUCGCCGACGAGAAAGCAAAGACGUACCGUUACCAAAUGGUACAGACCGUGUUUUCAUUCCACCUAAGCCAGGGGAUAUUGUUGUGCCUCAUCUAACUGAUCAAGACAUUGAAAAUCUUAAAUUGCGCUCAAAACAGGGAAAAAACUCGGCUGGUACUCCUUGUUCAAAUUAUCUUAGAAAUGAAUUCAUGGCAGCAAAGCUUAACAACGGAGUGUUUCCACCAACCCAGCCACCUGAAACUGUUGACGAUGAAAAGACAAUAAUAAAUACAAUCCUGAGUCUUGAGAACGAGGAUUUGGUGUCAUCUAAUCAAAGUGAAACGGUGCCAUAUAAUGAAUCGAUGGAAAUGUAUGGUCAGGGUUUGAAUGCUGAUAUUAUGAAUUUGUUCCCGGAGCAAAUGAACCUUACACCAGAACAAAUGGAUAUGCUGUACAGUGCUGUGGACGAGGUUCAAAACUCCUCUCCAGAUCUUAUCGGGGCAGAAAAGCUUGUAUCAAGAGAUACAGAUGCGUUUGAUGAUUCAGGCGUGGCAUGUUCGACAACAAUCGCCGAUACUGAGGAUAAAGUUGGAGACGCGCAGCUAUCAACUCCUGUAUCAGAAGAUACCUCCAGCACCAUAGAUACGGAAAGUGCUGAAAAAGAUGCCACUUACAGUACUGAAGUAAAAGAGAUAACUGAUAUACAACAAAGUCUAGAGACGUCUGGAGAUGUGAAUGAUAAUAACCAGGUGAUAGAAAAGACUGAUAAUUCAGAAAAACAACCAGUUGUGACAGACAUUUUACACGAUGUUGACAAUACAGGUUCAGGUGAUAGCGCAAAAAACAGUCUUGGUGUCCUAUCGUUAAGUUCAGAGACUGACACAACAUUAGACCAUUUACCUCAACCUUUUGGAAAAGAAAGCGAUGUUGCUUCAAUAACAGCAACAACAGUUGUUACCUCUGAUAAGGCCGAACUUCCAGCAACAGCAGCAGCACUAGACGCGGCUAGAAGCUCAACGUUUGAGUCAGAUAUUAACUCUGUAGCAUCGAGUUCAUUAACAUCAGAAAUGUCUAUACCGCAGAUUGAUAAAACGCUCUAUCUUCUGGGAAAUGACUUUGACAAAGGUGACCUCUUUCAAGAAGGUGCAACAGCACCUGCAUCGACAACGCAGGUUGACUAUAACGCUCCAUGGAUUGUUACUGUGAGCAUGUACUGGAAUGAUUUACCAGCUAUAAUGAUCAACAACCAGCCAUUUGUAAGACUUGUUGACAUUCAUAAGCAAAUACUACCAGCUAAAGAUACAGGAAUUCUAAAGAAACGAUGCCAGCUCAUGGGAAUUGAAGUUGAGAAUUGUUCUGAAAUGCAGCGGUACUUUCUAGUGCAGUAUGGAAAGGCGUUUAAUUCUAAAAGUACUUUGAUUAUUUCAAAAGACGAUGCCAAGGUUCUGAUUGGCUAUUACGUAGAUCCUCAGCCGAAAACGUUACGUCCAGAAGAUCAUCACAGGUCCAUUGUUGAUCAUAGACGUGAGCAGUUAAGAAGGAUAGCACUAGCUCGUCGUGCAGCUAUUCGUGCUCAAAGACUGGCUGAAAAGAAGAGUGAAUCAGAUCCAAGAGAUAUUUCACAAUCAAAGGAUGAUGUUGAUAUUGGUCAGCCAAUCCAUAGCAGUUUACAAGAACAGUCAAAAAAAGUUGUUAAAGUGUCAUCAGGCAUCCAACAGAACCAAAUAGCAGAAAGUGAUGGCCACGGCAGACAAAGAGCAACCCGCCAUAAGAAAAUUAACUUUUUAGAAAUGCUGCGAGGCGAUACAGGCAAUAAUGCUCACGAAGAAGAGACUGGUAAUGAACAUGUUAAAAAACACAAAGUUCAGCAUUCAGAGACGAAAAGGAAAAGUAGGUUAAAAGAAAAGAAGAUUAAAGUUGUGAAAUACACCAUCGAGACUGACAGUAGUGAGGAGACAGACAGUGUACAUUCUGAUUAUAACGUGGAAAGUUCCGAUACCGACUCCACUAGUAGCUCGGAUAUCAAAGUUUUGAAGAGACCUGUUGAACCAAAACUUAGUCCAUAUUUUCUGGCGAAGGUUAAAAAUCGAGUUAAAGGAAUUGCAAAGACCUACGGGAAGAGGAACAUUAAAGGAGGAAUGAAACGGUCAAAGUCUUCAUUGACAUCGACACCUUUGGCAAUACAAGUUAUAAAUAAGUCCACGGUAGUAUCCAAGUUAGUCAAGUCUACUUACAGACCAUCUGUGGGACUGAAGUCGAGGAAAGAAUUGCCACAGAGAAAAUCUUCAGGAAUUGUUGGUAAGAAUUUAUCUACGCCCGGAAAAAUUGACAAGACUGAUUCAAAUCACUGUGAACAAAAAACAGACAAUGAUUGUGUGAAGAAGGAGGUUAACAACUUGGUUUUAGAUGCUGAUAAUGUCGGUGAUUCUAAACUGAAGCUAGAGGAAAUACAAAAGUCAGACAGUGUUUUAUCUGCUAACAGUCAGCAAAGUAUUCAAACAGCUGAAGGAGAAAGUGAAAAAUCCAGUAGUGAUGAUAUUGAAAGCCCUAUUUCAGAAAAGUCGUUGCAAUUAAAAGCAGUUGAUGCCGUUACUAUUCAGACUGACUCAGUUGGUGUUGAAAAUGUUGAUGAAGGUUUUGUGAAUAUUGAGAGUACUGACAAAUUGAAUGUUCAAAAUCUGAAAAGUGAGAGUGGUGCAAUUAAAGAAAACAAAAUGGAGAAAAAUUUUACGAAAUCAAACAGUGAAAAUACUUCUCCGAGUUUAGUGGAGAGCUCCACGGCAUCUGUGAUGAAAAGAAAAAGUAUUGUGCAGAUUAGAAAUGAUGAAACACCUAUAAGGAUAAUUCACAGGGAAGCAAGUUUGCAAGUGCAGCAGAGAACGAGGUCUCAGCUGGGAGAACUGUUUGUCGAUCACUAUCACAAUAAACGGUCUUUAUGUGUUCGUUGUUACACGUGUAGAAAGUUGAUGUCCGUCGAUAACUUCUUACACCAUCUGCAUGAUGUGAGUGGCGGAUUACAAUCCGUAACCACACCUCAGACCAUCGAUUUAAGCGACGAGAGUUUGAACGAAAUUGAAAGCAAGCUUUGGGAGACAUUUUUGAGGAAGAAAGAACUGUUCGAUAACAAUCAGUUGCCGUCCGACUCGAGGGAUAUUAGCGAAGAUAGUUUAGUGUACGAUAUGGAAGGAAAAGGUUCUCCUUACAGUGAAUACAGCAUAGAUGAUAAAAACAGUCAGUCAGGUCCAAGAAUAAUAACAACUCCUGUUUCACCUAUAAAAAGAGAAAAAAUAAUGCUAAAAAAUAACUCUGAUGAAAAGAAAAAGUCACGAUUGAUAUCGAAUAAGUUGCCCUCUCAUGUCCCUGGUUGUCAAACACCGAAAGUGAUACCGGACGAUAAAACGGUUAGAACUAGUUCGAGAAAACGUAAAAUGAAAAAUCUCUAUGGGUUCGACAAUUACUCUUUCACGAAAUUUCCGCGUAUGAUGAAAAACGCAGUUGUAGAGGACGAUGAUAAAGAAUAAUUAAUUUUAUUAUACACAUUGGUUUAAAAAAAGUUUCUAUGACUUAUUCAAGAACCUAUUAUAUCAGUUUUGACGUGAUUUAUCACUGUAAAACAUAGUGCUGUUGUGUAAAUUACACACUUCGUAGUUUAUGUGAUCAUCCGGAGCCUGUUAUAUUUGUAGUGUACAUAUUUGUAUUGUUAAUUGUAAAAAAAUAAACUUAACUUACUAAAAACUCUUUACAAAAAAUAAAGUGAUGGAAGGAUUAAACAAUACUUCAAAGUGUUGUGAAGAAAAUAUUA